AUGACAGCACGCACACCCGUCCCGACCCGCCCGGUCGGCACCUAUCCGCCGCCGCUGUCGGGCCCAUACGCGGACCUCGCGCUGCUGUCCGAGGACAAGGCCGCCGACGGCAAGAGCGUCGUCAACCCGCCGGCCGACAAGCCGAGCGAUGCGUACGAGCAGUUCACCGCGCCCCUGGACAACGGGGUGCGCGGAGGGUUUGAUGUCCACAUCUACCACGACUCCUCGGACGACGAGCAGGCCAAGUACGCGCGCCAGCUGCGGGAGCGUAUCCGGCGAGAAUUCCCCGAGCUCCGCAUGUACGCCUUCUGGACCGUCCCGAUCGGCCCGCACCCGCUAGCCAUGUUCGAGGUGAACCUGCUCACGCCGGCACAGUUCGGCGCCUUCGUGCCCUGGCUCGCGAUAUGGAGGGGCCCGCUCUCCGCGCUGGUCCACCCGGACACGCUCCCGCCCUCGGCGCCGGGCGGGGAGGGCGAGGACGACGACGAGGGUCUGCGGGAGCUGCGCAACCACACGGAGUGCGCGCUGUGGAUGGGCGAGCGGCUCGAGCUGUCGACCGCCAUCUUCCACAAGAUGAGUGAGAUGAAGCGGCAGCGGGAGGCGGCGCUGAAGGCGUGA